GUUUAAAUUUAUUAUAAAAACGGUCAUUUAACGUUUUAAAAAUAAUUUGUUAUGAUUUCAAAACGCAAUGCGUAGUGAAAACAAAACGCAACAAACAUCAUUCUCAAAAAAAAGACGCGUCCUUCGCAACCACUUGUUUUGUUUUUGUAUAGUUUAGACUUUAGUUAUCAAUAAUAAACGUAAAGUAAUUACUGUCCAUAACGAUGUCAACAAUUAAAAAGCAUAUUUUUACUCCCCUCGAGAAGAAAACUUUUUUGGAUAUAUUGAAAAGAUACUCCUCGGUGAUAGAGAAUAAGGAUACCGAUGGCGCUUCAUUACGCGCAAAAAAUGAAGCUUGGGAUAUUGUAACCAGAGAGUACAACGCAAGCCCUCAUGCUACCAAUCAGGUUACAAAUAAACAACUUAGGAGAUUGUGGAUGAACCUCAAGCAGCGGCAAAGGGAAGCACUGACAAAAGAACGUCAACAUCGGCUAGCUACUGGAGGAGGGCCUGCAACCAGUGAUGCAGUUGUAGACCCAGAUGUGUCUGAGGUGGCCCCUGCUCUAAUAGUUGGUAUCGAUGAUGCUGUUGACUCUGAUACAAUUCCAGUAACCGCUGACCUUGCCGUCCAAGAAGUAAAUAUGGACUUGCAGCCCGUCUCUUGUCUUCCCUCAACUUCUUCCCAAAUACCAUCCACCAGUGCAUUUUCUUCAUCACCAUUCCCAUGCGCUGUUGUUACACAAGCACCACUUGCCCUUGCCCCAACCCGGACAACAUUGACACCACCUCCACCUGGAGUAGGUCCACUACUGUCUCUCACUGCAAACACUCCACCACCAGCUCUCCCUACAACCACUCCACCACCACCUCUCCCUACAUCCACUCCACCACCACCACCUCUUACUGCUUCCACUCCACCACCACCUCUUCCUACAUCCACUCCACCACCACGUCUUCCUACCCCACCUCCACGUUUUCCUACUCCACCUCUUAUUAACCCAUCAAAUACAGCUACCCAAACUUUUCAAAGGCAUAAAAGUUCUAUUCUGGAUAAGGAAUAUAAAGACAGACAGAGACGGGCUAAUGAGAUUCAUGAGUUGGAGGUUUUAUUGUUAAGAGAAAGAAUAAGAGAAGCGAAGGCGAGAGCAGACCUCGCAGAACUUCAACUGCAGCAGCAGUGUUCGUCAGAUACUGCAACUGAUGCCUGAAGAGGGGAUGUGGCAUAAUAUAAUAAAUGGAAUAUUGUUAAUUUAUUAAAUAAAAGCAUAUAAGUCAAUAUAUAAAA